AUGGACCCUGCAGAUGGUAUGGACUUUGCUGGACAGCCACACUUGACAGACAAUGAGCCAACGAACGACUUUGGCUUUGACAUUGGGUCUAUACCGCACUACGCUGCUCAAGUGCGGAAUGAGGUAGACUUGGAUGGCACUGGCAACACCAACGAUCUGGACUGGCACAUAUAUCCAAACGAUGCGUUUCAACAGCAACUACAAUUCAAUGACUACCAGGGCUUCGCUUCCCAACCCUACCAAGAUCGAUUCGCACAUAGUCUACCCACACUCCCCGAGAGGAGACUCUAUGAGGUGGAUGGCUUUUCCCCUCUCAGCACGCAGACAAGCAACGAAACGUUGACGACAUCAGAUCAACAUCCUCGACGACGAUCGAUCAGGAAGAGAAGAAUCGAGAAUGGCUAUCACUGCAGCGAGCCGCACUGUCAGGAGGCAUUCGACACAGCAGGCGAAUUAACGAAACACUGCUACCGCAAGCACACCCCUGAGUCUGCUUGGCCUUUCGCGUGUCCAACCUGUGGCAAGCGAUUCUACGACAAGCGUGACUAUAGACGACACGAGGAUGUCGAACGGAAACGUGCGUCUGCGAUGGCUUCUGUCAGACUCUCAGCACCCGGCUCGCCAAGACAUGCGGACAAUUCUGUCGAUAGCAAGAACCACAAUGACAGUGCCGGGAAUGCGUCUUCGAGGAGACAGUCCGAGAUCACCGCCCAACUUGAGGAGCAGGACGAACACCUGGAAACUGUGAAAAGGAGUCUCCAGUUCACAAGAGCUAGUGAUCAGCACGUCUCAUCAGCAGAUCUACUCGAGGCCGCAACUUCGGACCUGAAGAGCUUCAUCAACCUCGGAGCAAGCCAUAUCACAAUCAGAGCGACUGUGUCUUCUCAGCGCGAAUCGAUGAACAUCAGCUCCUCACAUACUCUGAAGCUUAAGAUGCCCGAAACAGACCUCAAGAAGACUGCAAAGCCUUCCGCCACCCACUCAUCCACGCAGCCUGCAAUGAGCGAAGCAGACAAAGUGGAGGCCAAGGCUGCCGCGAAUAUCUCGUCACUGAAUCACCUAGACACCUCAACUCCUAUCUCUCGUGCCAUAAAGCCACCUCAGCCUCCUCAAGCUGUGACCUUGACAUUUAGGAGUCGACCUGCGUUUCCUAGAUCUCUUACGCACCCGGUGGGCAUGAACAUGGUUGGUGUGGGUUGCUGCUGA